UUUAUCCAAAGUCAUAUAUUCAUUAUUUUUGUAUGGGGGAAAAGAACCUCGUUUUGUUUUAUUAUUUAGUUAUUCUUUGUCAAAUAGUUUGUCAACAAUGUUCACCGGAAUAAAUUCAUUCAUUGUGAUUUUUAGUACUCUGAAUCUUGUAUCAUGGUCAUCGUAUACAGUAACGGUUUCGCAGAUAUCAAAUAUAGAAAAAGCUUUCGGAUUGUCCAGUUCCGAGUCCGGGUGGUUACUUACCGUAUGGGAACUGGGAUACAUGAUUUGUACUGUAUUUGCGAGUUAUUUCGGACACAGGGCGCAUCUUACACGUGUUAUUGGUGUAUCUAUGAUUUUUUGCGGACUGUCUGGAUUUAUCAUAGCUAUGCCACAUUUUGUUGCAUUUUCGGAAUCGAUUUUUAUAGAAAAUGAAAAUAUUAAUACAUCAUCAUCAAAAGAUGGGUAUGAUGUUACUUUAUGUACAUUCAACAAACCAACAUCUUAUGGUUAUAGUUCAUCCAAACAAGCAGAUUCUGCUACUCUAGGACAUUUAGUGAAAGGUUCAGGAAAAACAAUAGCUUACGUUCUGUUAAAUAUUGGAAUGAUCGUACAAGGGGUCGGAAAAGCACCAACUUAUCCAUAUUCUGCUCAGUACAUUGACGAUAAUGUUGAUAAACAGAAAACCGGAUUCUAUAUAGGUAUUGUAUCGAGUAUAACGGUGUUUGGCCUAGCCCUUGGAUUUGGAAUUGGAAGUCUCAUAAGCAGUGUAUACGUCACUUUGAAAAGUACCACAUUAUCCUCCACGGACACACGGUUUAUUGGAGCUUGGUGGUUGGGAUUCAUAUCUGUUGGUGUUGCUCUCAGUUUAACAGCUAUUCCAAUGUUCUGCUUUCCGAGAAGAUUAAUUACUUCCCGGCAAAAUCAGUUGCAACAACAAACCCAUCGUGAUAACAUAUCAUUCGUUCAGCAGAUUAAACAUGUUGUUGCAACAAUCAUAUCUAUUUUGAAAUCACCCUUGUAUGCGUUAACACUAGCAGCUGCAUGUUUUCAAAUCUUAUCAUUUGCGUCAUUCGAAGGGUUUGAGCCAAAGUACAUGUUUACACAAUUUGAAAUGCCUCUUUGGCAGGUCAAUGUCCUUCUUGGAGGGAUUGGUAUUUCUUCUUACAGUAUCGGGUGCUUUGUUGGAGGAUGCAUUACAAAGAAAUGGAAAUUGUCGCCAUAUAGAACUAUUCUCUUGAUAAUUUUCCUCCUUGUUAUCGUAACCAUAGUAAUGACAAUAGCUGCUUUUCUCGGCUGCAAGCCGCAGACUAUUCAUAUGGAACCAAUAGAUCAUACUCAUAGUUCUGUUGACAUUGGUUGUAAUUGCAAUGGUAGUGAGUUUUUGCCGAUUUGUGGGAAUGAUGGAAAUAUAUAUUUCUCCCCGUGUCACGCUGGAUGCAGAUUUUUAAACAAAGACGUACUCACCAACUGUUCAGCAAUUCCUGGUGGUGUUGCAACAAUGGGACGUUGUCCAUCUCGUUGCCGUAUGGUCUGGCCGUACUCUACAGCAAAGUUUAUCUUAAACAUUUUCGAUGCCAUGUCCUCUAUUCCGAUAUUCUUGGUUUUCCUGAGAUCAGCUGGAGCAGAACAUAAAGCGUUAGCAAUUGGUCUUUCAGCUGGAGCAACAUCAUUGCUCGCUUGGUUACCAGGCCCUGUAAUUGGCGGAAGAAUUAUUGAUAGCACGUGUCUCAUUUGGAAUACCGCCUCGACAUCUUCUAAAUAUUGUGCUCACUACAACAUUGAGGCCCUACGGUUUAGAAUACAUGGAUUCAUGAUAGGUCUCCGUGUUAUUUCGGUAGCAAUCUUUGGUAUUGUACUGAUAAAGGCCAAAGACGUGUCCAAAUGGGCAACAGACGAUGCCCAGAACUAUGCUGCUGUCGAUACGGAUGAAAAUCGGAAGACAACAGAUAAUACAGUAGAUAGAGACACUAAAGAUUUUUAUAAAUUAAAUUACAUAUUUCAAAAUCUUGUACCUGGUCAUGUAUUACUGUCAACCAUGUUCACCGGAAUAAAUUCAUUCGUAGUGUUUUUUGGUAUUCUAAGUCUUAUAUCAUGGUCAUUUUAUACAGUUACGGUAUCACAAAUAUCAAAUAUAGAAAAGGCUUUCGGACUGUCAAGUUCCGAGACCGGUUGGAUGCUUACAGUAUGGGAGCUGGGAUACAUGAUUUGUACAGUAUUUGCGAGUUAUUUCGGACAAAGAGCACAUCUUCCACGUGUAAUUGGUGCAGUUACUAUUGUUUGUGGACUAUCUGGAUUUAUUUUUGCUCUUCCACAUUUUGUUGCAUUUUCUGAAUCGAAGGUAACUGAAAAUGGAAGUUUUAAUUCAACUUCAACAACUGACGACUCAGAUGUAGUAUUAUGUAACCAUUAUUCGGAAUCUUCGGACAGUUUGUCGAAUCAACACGAUUCUGCUUUAUCUCCCGGGCACACUGUGAAAAGUUCUGGAAAAACAAUAGCGUAUGUUUUGUUUAAUUUAGGAAUGAUUAUUCAAGGUGCUGCAAAAGCACCUUGCUAUCCAUAUUCUGCUCAGUAUGUUGAUGAUAAUGUCGACAAAAAGAAAACCGGAUUCUAUAUAGGUACUAUUUCAAGUAUAGCCGUGUUUGGUUUAGCGGUUGGCUAUGGUAUUGGGAGUCUGAUAAGCAGUGUUUAUGUUACCUUAAAAGGUACCACUUUAUCUUCAACGGAUACCCGGUUUAUUGGUGCUUGGUGGUUGGGUUUCAUUAUAAUUGGUCUGGCAACAAUUUUGAUAGCCAUUCCAAUGUUCUUCUUCCCGAGGCGAUUACCUUCUUUCCAGCAAGAACAGUCGAAUCAACAAUCACACCAUCACAGCAAGUCUAUAGUCCAGCAGGUUCAACAUAUUAUUACAACAAUUUUCUCCAUUCUAAAAUCAUCAGUAUACACACUAACUUUAAUAGCUGUGUGCUUCCAAGUCUUGUCAUUUUCAACAUUCCUUGGAUUUGAACCAAAAUAUAUAGAGACGCAGUUUGCAAUACCAUCUUGGCAGGUGAACAUCAUUCUUGGAGUAAUCAGUAUUACUUCUUACAGUAUUGGGUGCCUUAUUGGUGGAUACAUCACAAAGAAAUGGAACCUCUCGCCAUUUAGAACUAUACUCUUGAUAAUCUUGCUACUAUUAGUUGUUACCAUAGUAUUGAUUAUAGCUGCUUUCCUCGGUUGCAGCCGACAGCCUAUCCAUAUGGCGCCAACAGAUCAUACCAAUAGUUCUUCCGAUAUUGGUUGUGAAUGUAGUGGAAGUGAGUUCCUGCCAAUUUGUGGAAACGACGGAAAUACAUAUUUCUCACCUUGUCAUGCAGGCUGCACAUUCUUAAAUAAAGAGAUGCUCGCCAAUUGUUCAGCGAUUCCUGGUGGUACGGCAACAAUGGGACAGUGUCAUUCUAGCUGCCAAAUGGUGGGGCCAUACUCUGUAGCAAAGUUUAUUAUGAAUCUUGUUGAAGCCACGGCGUCCAUUCCAGUAUUUUUGGUGUUUCUAAGAUCAGCUGGUGAAGAACAUAAAGCAUUAGCAAUUGGUCUUUCUGCUGCAGUGACAUCACUAACUGCCUGGUUACCUGGUCCGGUUAUUGGUGGGAAAAUAAUUGACAGUUCGUGCUUGAUCUGGAAUACUGCAAGAACAUCUUCUAAGUAUUGUGCUCAUUAUAACAUUGAGGCCCAGCGAUUUAGGAUGCAUGGACUUAUGAUAGGACUCCGUGCUGUUGCUCUUUCAAUACUCGGUUUUGCGUUGAUAAAGGCAAGAGGUAUGCCGAAAUGGGCGACUUAUGCUUCGGAAUAUAAAGCUGCCGGGACACAGGAAAAUGGGAAAAAGCUAGAUAACAUUGUAGAAAAUUGAUAGGAGACAGUGAAAAAAACUAACAAAUUAUUUUACAACAGAAUUCAUUUGUAUUUGAUUAUAAAAUGCAAUGAGAUUAUGCUGGCAGAACCUACACGAGGUGUUGAUAAAAUUGUACGAGUAUAUGUAUAUACUAGUAUUAAAUGAUUAUAAAGAAUCGUUUAAAGGUGGUUUCAUUCACAUAAUAUGUGUGUAUUUACACCACUUUUUAUUUAUACCAAUAAAAGUAUAUUUCGGUCAAGUUAAUUAUAGUGAAAUAGUGAAUUCGGCUCCGGAUUACAUCCCUACAAAUUAUGCUGUAACAUAAAUCUGCUAGAAUGUUUUUGUAUUGUCAUCAAUCGAGAUUGCGGCAGUGGCAAUAAAUUACAAUAUACCACAUGAUUUUAUGAUAAUAAUUAUAAUGUUAUAUAGCUGAGUAAUUGUUUCAAAUAGACAAACAGAAAGCCAACCAUUAUCAAUGCAGUCAAACGACUAUCAAAUUACUGUCCAAAAGUAGAAAAUCGUGAAGGCCGUCCAACAUCCUACAGUCCAAGCCCUCUGGCACCAGCUUAAGCAGAAUUAUAUGGAAAAAAAUCACCAUUAAAUAGUUCCAUCUGAAACUGGUUAAAAUAAUGUUUCUUACGUCACUGGUGCGAGUAUGGCUUUACUAGGUAGAUUCUUUUAUUUCCUCCAAUUAUGAAGCUAAAAAUGAUCAUAUACUUUGUACUAUAAUACAUUCCGGUGGCAAACCUUAUUAAAACAUUUCAAGCUUCAUUUAUUAACAAAAUUGUAAUGUAACACAAUAUGAGUUCAAACAAAUACAGCAUAAACCAUAAGACACUUGAACUACAUGUCAAAAUUAUACUAUCAAGAAUAUGUAAUCAUAUUUCCAUUUUAAUCUUAGCUAGCUGUAGCUUGGCUG